AUGACGUCCCGGGACGGUUUCCAAUGGACGCCUGAAACUGGCCUUUCGCAAGGUGUCCCUUCAAUUGGUGUCAUUUCUCCCCCUACAAACAUCUCGUCAUCUUCGGCAAAGUACGAUGUUAUCGUUGCCGGGGCCGGAUAUUCUGGUCUUACUGCCGCUCGUGACUUGACCCUUGCUGGUCUACGCGUCCUCUUAAUUGAAGCUCGUGAUCGUAUUGGUGGACGUUCUUGGUCCUCCAACAUUGGCGACUAUCCGUUUGAGAUGGGUGGAACUUGGGUGCACUGGAGUCAGCCUCAUGUUUGGCGCGAGAUCUCGCGAUACAACAUGCGAACCGAGCUGGAGAAAUCUAUUGAUUUCUCCCGUGGUGUGAACCACUUCCAGUUGCGCACAGCUCAGGGUUCCGCAAUAAUGAGCCACGAAGAAGAGGACGCUCUCCUUUCCGCUGCCAUCGACAAAUUUGUCAAUGUUGAUGGUGAUAUGGGCAGAAAGGUUAUUCCUUUCCCCCACGACGCAUUCCACGUCCCUGAGGCUCGCCGUUACGAUGAAAUCUCCGCCCAGGACCGGAUAGAAGCCAUUGCUUUGUCUCUUAGUCCGAAUGAACGUGCGUCUCUUGAGAGCUUUAUCCUUCUUUCCAGCUGCGCAACAUUGAAAACAACCAGCUUCUUUGAAUUUCUUCAUUGGUGGGCCCUAUGCGGCUACUCCUAUCGUGGCUGCAUGGAAGCCUUGAUCUCGUACAAGUUCAGGGGAGGUCAGUCGACUUUCGCGAUCAAGUUCUUCAAAGAGGCGCUCGCCACUGGAAGGCUCUCGUAUGCAUUCAACAGUCCCGUGGGCUCGAUCAGUGAUCGGGGUGAUAAAGUCACCCUUACCACUCGUGGUGGUCGCCAGUACACUGGUGCCCGUCUGGUUUCUACUAUUCCCCUCAACGUCCUCAACUCCAUAUCCUUUGACCCUCCUCUGGAUACACGGCGUGAAGCAGCCACAAAUAUUGGUCAUGUCAACCAAUGUGUCAAGGUGCACGCCGAGGUUUCCAGUAAGGAUAUGCGUUCGUGGACUGGAAUAUCCUAUCCCUCCAACAAGCUCCUAUAUGGCGUUGGUGAUGGAACUAUGCCCACUGGGAAUACUCAUAUCGUUUGUUUCGGUGGUUCUAACAACGAUAUUCAUCCCGAGGAAGAUAUCAACAAAACCAAGAAUGCUGUCGAGAGCAUGGCUCCUGGGAACAUGGAUAUUCAGCGAUUGGUCUUUCACAACUGGAGCAAAGAUGAGUUUGCCAAGGGCGCCUGGUUCUUCUCGCCCCCUGGGCUGUUGUCCACGUCUUUGGAUGCCAUGCGGGCUCGACAUGGAAAUGUUGUCUUUGCAAACUCUGAUUGGGCUGUUGGCUGGCGUGGCUUCAUUGAUGGUGCCAUCGAAGAGGGUACACGGGCGGCUAUGACAGUGAAGGAGGACCUUCAACCUGCUCCUGCCCUGCGUUCUUAUCUAUAG